AUGGGAAGGAAGGCCCUUCAAGGUGCAGAGCUGAAUAUUCCUGGAAAAACACUCCAAGUUGAAUUUGUGUUCCUCGAAUUCUCAAACAUGGAACUGGAAGAGAAAUCAAACGCUCUUCAGCAUCAGUGCCCUGAAAUCAAAUGGCAUUACAUUGGCAAAGUUCAGUCCAACAAGAUAGGCAAGAUAUGCUCGUCGACCAAUCCUUUGCAACUGCGUUGA